AUGAACGAAUUUCUGCAGAAUUUUCCAUUUUUAGUGCAACUACAGCCGUACCACUUUGUUGGACUUUACAAGAAGGUGUACAAAAUAAAGCUCUACCUUCCAAACUAUCCUACGACAACCGGCCAUCGCGUGACAGUAUUCCGCGGGAACCAUCCGAUUUCGUUGCCACCGGACCAUUCAUCUAUAUUGCAAGUCGAUAAAUUUGUGCACAAUCUCUUGGCCAUGCUGGAUUCCACCAAUGCUCUCCCCAAUGGGACAUCAGCUGUCUCAUUCGAAGAUACCACUGUAUUGACCAAUCUUGCACUGGCAUUGUUAGCUAUUCAGCACCAAUACAGGUGCAAAGUAGCGUUCAACAAAACCCUGAUGCACGUAGAGUUUACGGAGUUGGAGAGUAGCGGCAAACACUCGCUAUCUAUUGACCGCAUCGGAGGGGAACUCUUCAAAGUUGCCCAGCACACUCUUCCCGAGCUUGCUGUGUGCGAGAUCUUCAAAAGACAGACAACACUGCAAAGACACUUGCAGGUGUUCCUGGACACACUCGAGCAGCUAGAAGAGUUUUACAACAAUCUCAGUACAAUCGACGAACUGUGCUACGUCAUCCUUCCUGCAACGAUAGACACCAAAACCACGUGUAGAAUUUUUAAAUACGACCAGAAAACGUUUCUGAAGAUAUCUCUCCAUCCGCUGCAACCAGCAGCCGUGGAUAUUGCGUUUUUCGGACCAACGAAACAAGUGGCGAAGCUGAGAGAAAUAUACGACGAAAAGCAGGACGAUUGGAAUCCUGAAUGUAACGUGUACACCAACCUGGUGCGCAUAUUUAACAUCAUCGCCUUCCCAAUGCGUCCUUCAGGCGAUCAGUCUUUAGGUUUGCCGUCCAGUGAGGAAAGCUGUGGGAUAUGCAUGAAUUAUCACGACGCAGAAGACCGAGUACCGAUAAUUUCGUGUGAUAACGAACAAUGCCACCUUAUUUUUCAUAUCCACUGUCUAAAGGAGUGGUUUUCUGCUCAGCGUGAAAGCAAGAAAAUUUUUACCAUCUCUAUAGGCAACUGUCCGUACUGCACACACAAAAUAUCGUCCAGCUUUGACGAGAUACUGGAAAUGCUGAAAUGA